AUGAACCUGACAGAGCUUAACCAGUCUGAUCGCUGUGAGCAUUUCUCCUGUCCAGAGAGAACUUUAUCUCCUGAAGUUUAUAUUCUACUGUAUGUGUGUUCAACUGCUGUGAUUCUUCUAACAGUGUGUGGAAAUCUGCUUGUCAUCAUCUCUGUUCUUCACUUCAAGCAACUUCACACACCAACCAAUACACUUGUGCUGUCUCUUGCUGUGUCAGAUUUACUCAUCGGUGCUUUUGUGAUGCUACCAACGUUUAUCUGGACAAUUGAAUCAUGCUGGAUUUUUGAUAUAAGUUAUUGCAUCUUUUUAAUGAUCAUUUCUUUUUUUCUUGGGAGCCAGUCCAUAUAUAAUAUUGCUUUGAUCUCUGUGGAUCGGUAUUUGGCUCUCUCAAACCCAUUUUUCUACACAAACACAAUCACUAGGAGGAAAUUAAGCACAGUGGUUUAUUCUAAUUGGUUUUUGUGUCUAGGGUAUGCCAUGGCACUUUUGUAUUUUAAUAGUCACUUAAUGAAGUUUGGCAUGUGUCCUGGAGAGUGUUUUUACUUUCUAAAUGAAGUUUGGACAGUAAUUGAUCUUGUAUAUUCAUUUAUUGUUCCACUUUCUGUCAUAAUCAUAUUGUAUACUCUGAUUUUUGUAAUUGCUAAGAAACAUGCCACUGCUAUCAGAGAGCUCAAUAAUCACACACGGUCUAAUACACAGAAAAUCAACUCGCAUCCGAUGAAAUCUGAGAGAAAAGCAGCAAAAGUCCUCGGAAUUUUAGUGUCUGUGUUUCUGGUGUGUUUACUUCCAUAUUUUAUUUAUAGUUUGCUAGGUGGUGUUACUGAACUACAGUUGGAUACAAUUCAUAAACUUUUAAUUAUGUUUUGUCUUAACUCCACUAUUAAUCCAUUUAUUUAUGCCCUGUUUUAUCCCUGGUUUAGAAGGUGCAUUAAACUGAUUAUAUCUUUGCAUAUAUUUAAAACAGACUCUGCAUUAAUCAAUAUUCUUUCAUGA